GUACUUUAUUAACUGUUCGAUGUUGCCUCGUUGAUGUUAAGCUGUAGCAGGUCACGAAGGGCAUAAAAAUAACCUGUAAAAGUAUGUAGUUAGCAAGCUAGCAUGUGUUUAGCCACGACCUAGCUAACUUUAAUGCCUCUCACGCGGGAGGAAACGUUCCCAAACUCGGCGAGCAGCUGUGAAAAUAUCAUGUGAACAUUAUGUAUGGGACUAUAUCAGGAAACAGUCAGCAACACAGCGUCGGAAAGAGCGACGGUUUAGAGAUGUGGAAACGAGGCGGCCGAAGCUCCGCUCUGGACCGAGCUCAGGCGCUGCUGUCGGCGAAGAAGAGCGGCAGAGGAGGCACACAGGGCUCCACACAGGUUUUUGUGGGUGGGUCUAUCAAAGCUAGAUCUGCUCCCUCAAAUACACGCAAUGUACUGUCUGAUCUGAGUGACCUGUCCUCAGCUUCUGAGCAUGGAGCUAAUGCUGCCAGAUCUGCUAAUGCUGAGAAGAACCAUGGAAAAGAGGGAGAUUCCAACAAGGAUUUCAGGCCUCCGAGCUCUCUGGGAGGAGGCAGCAGGUUCUUGAAGAAGGUUCCACCUCCAACAAACAGCAGCCAGUCACCUGUCAGCAGGAAUCAAAAGCAACAGGUGUCUGAACCAAGAUCCAUGUCGUCUUCCCUGUGGAGCUCCCAGACUACAGCUUUAAAUAAACUGGCUGAAAUCAAGAACCGGGUCCGCAGUCGAAAGCCGACUCAGGAGCAAAUCAGACAGGAGACAAAACCUGCAAUCAAUCCAGUGUCAGACUCAGGAAUCUCACCACGACCACCAUCCACCCAGUCCCCAGAGGUCCCUGUGCCGCUCUCAGCACAGUCCAGCAGUGACCAGAGCCCGAGAGGAAACCGUUUCCUCAAGAACAAAGCAGUUAAAGCAGUUGAAAGCUCUAAUGCUGCUCCUGCUGUGGCUCCAAAGAGUGCAGAUGUUGAUGUCAGGUCCAGGUCCAGAGCUGCUAAUCCUGUCAGCCCUUCAGAGGGUUUGGAGACGAAGUCAGCGAGACUAACGACUGGUGUGAGUCUGGAAAGUGAUGAAGAGGAUAUGAAGAAACUGCUUGGAGACUCCUUGGAUUCAACAGACUACAGCUUCUUAAGAGCAGGGAGACCUCCUUCUGCAAAAAAGAUGGACAAGAUGUUCAGCAGAAGCGGUCGGAGGAUUCAGUCCACGCCUCCUCCUGCUGUUGCUGUCCGUCCUUCAUCGCCUCCAGCUUCACCUCGCUCUCCCGCCUCUCCUCCUCGUCGCAGUUCUCCUUUUCGAUUCACAGGCCAGGCUCAGACCCACUUCAGCCCCUCUGUGCUCUCUCCAUCGCCCUCUCCCUCUCCUCCAGAGAGACCAGGCUCGUCUCACAAGACAGACAGUCCACCGCCUUCCCUCUCAUCCACGUUUGGCCGCGGUGAAGUGCUCUCACUGGAGGAGCUCUUCCCUGUCGGGCCUGGCUUGGAUGAUCCACACAGCGAGAUGAGAUCCGUCUCUUCUGAGGAUUUCAAGAUUAAUGUGAUGACACUGGACGACCUUGUGCCCGAUGCCAUUGGAUUUACUGCGGAAACACCAGGAGAACAGAGGGAAACCAAACGUGCUGCCUCUGUUCCUGGAUCCACAGACAGACAUCAGCAGCUGCCAAAGCAGGAGGAAGAGGUGCUGGACUACCAAAGUGACUUUGAGAGUGAGAGCCGGACAGAGACAAAUAACAGUGCCAGCAAGGUUUCAGAGCACCUGCAAGGAGAUGGAGAUGGAGAUGAGGUGGCAUCUGAGGUCAGAGAGGAUUCAGAUGUGUCUCGUGGGAGGACAGAUGAUGAUUACUCGAGUUCUUUCUCAGACACAAGUGGCUCGCGGACCUCAGAUCGCACUCGUACGUCAAAGUCAUACAGCAGAAGCAGGGACUCCAGAUCCUCAGUGUCACGUGGAAGCUGGACUUCAUCUCAGCAGUCGAGGAGGCAGGCUUCAGCCAGAAAGGCAGUGAAAGAGGCAGCAGUACAGACACAGCCUGAUCCACUGGCCUACACGUGGUCAACUGGUGUGGCUGCACUGGGCCCUGCAGUGGGCUUGAGCUACAUGAAUCCCACUCCAGCAGUCUCUCAUACUGUCAGUGCAGAAAUGGUGGAAGCCAUCAGCACCUUUAAUCCAGACGUAUUUGCUCUCAAUGAGAUGCUGAAACAGCAGCUUGCUCUGACGAGGCAGUUCAUCGAAAGCAGCCGCCAUCUGCACUCCAGCCUGGUGAAGAGCCUGGAACCACCCAACUACAGAUACACCCGGCUGGAGGACACCAUGGAGUACAUUCGCAAGCACAGACCUACCAGAAUCACGACAGAGGAGGCCUUAGAGGAAGUGCUGCGGGAGAUGAGAGACCAAUGCAUGUAACAGCUGCUACACAUGUUGACAUCUUCUUAUUUAGUUUUAUACAUAUUUAAAUACUAUUUUUCUACCAUGUUUAUCGACUAUAAAAAAAAUUUAAAGAUUUCAAGUGCAAAACAUUAAAGAUUUUC